UUGAAUGAUACAAUCGGAAUCCAAAAGCAAAGUUAAUUAGAUCUAAGGGGGGAUGUUGACGUCCGUGUUCCCCGAUAUUGCCCCUUUUAUCUGCUUCAAUUCCAACUAAAAUAUAAUCUAAAAUAAACAUAGUAAUUUCCAACAAAAUACAUUUCGAAAUUUUACAAAAAAUAUUUGCUAAUUUAGCAUAUGCUAUGUUGCUCUAGACUGGUAGGCGGUAGCCUGUCACUCAGAAAAAACAAGAGCACACCAUUUUUAGAGAGAGAAAGAGUCAGUGAGAUCACACAAGAAUUACGAGAGAGAGAGAGAGCGGUAUGGGAAAAUCAACUCCGGCAUGUUUCAGGAUCAUCAGCUGCGGGGGCGAUUCUGUCGAGCAUGACGAUCUCCAAACUCCCGAAAGCAAGGCCUCUAGUGAUCGGCGUGGGUGGAGUUUCCGGAAGAGAUCUGCUAGACAUCGCGUACUGAGUAACAGCGUUACUUCAGAAGCACCUGCAUCGGCCAGCAAGGAUAGCCAAGAAUCUAUAUCUGUCAACUGCCAAGUGCAGCCUGAUCUGACUAUUACGGAGAAGACCACAGAAAUUCAGCAGAAAGAAGAGAAGACCUCAGUAAUUCAGCAGAAAGAAGAGAAGACCACAGAAAUUCAGCAGAAAGAAGAGAAGACCGCGGAAAUUCUGCAGAAAGAAGAGAAGACCACAGAAAUUCUGCCGAAAGAAGAGAAGCCCACAGAAAUUCUGCCAAAAGAAGAGAAGCCCGCAGAAAUUCUGCAGAAAGAAGAGAAGACCACGGAAAUUCUGCAGAAAGAAGAGGAGACCAUAGAACUUCAGCAGAAAGAAGAGAAGCUUGAGUUGUCUUCUCUUCUGGACUCGAAGUUGUCCAUAGAGGAUGACACGGGAGCAGAUGCACCUCUUGAUGAGCACAGUAUUAUUUUAAUCCAGACUGCUGUUAGGGGGCUGCUGGCUCAACGAGUUCUGUUGAAGCAAAAAAGUAUAACCAAAUUGCAAGCUGUUGUCAGAGGACACAUAGUUCGAAGCCAUGCAGUGGGAACUCUUCGGUGUGUACAAGCCAUCAUUAAAAUGCAAGCUCUUGUUCGAGCACGCCAUGCCCGUCUACAGAGUAAGAAAGAAGCCAAAGCAAGUCAGCCACACACUUAUGUUUCCAUUGAGAAACUACUUAGCAAUGCCUUUGCUCGUCAGCUCAUGGAAGCUUCACCAAGGACCAAACCUAUAAACAUCAAGUGUGACCCCUCAAAAUCUGACUCAGCUUGGAAAUGGCUGGAGAGAUGGAUGUCUGUUUCAUCGGUGAGCAACAAAGAGCCACAUGAGACUGAAGCAGCAGUGGAGCAGCAUAAGGAUAAUCUUGGACAUUCUGGUCGCAGCAUGGAGGACUUUUCAGUUCAAAUAAUUUCUAUCUCAACAGAUUCUGAAUCUGGUUUUGAUGCAAGUAUCUUAGACAUCCAUUCAGGAAAAUCUAAAUCCCUGCAGAAUAGUGAUCAAUCAGAUCCAAAAUGUGAGGUAAAAGAAUCUUCUCCCUCUGAGAUAAAAAAUACAGAUUUGGUUGAUGUAAUGGAAGAGGAAUAUCUUCCCAAAAAAGAAGAAUCACAAAAUGAGGAAGUACUAAAUGAGGUGGUGGAAGUGGAAUAUUUUCUCAAAAAAGAGGAAACAGAAAUUGUUCAGGGAGCACCUGAUUCGGAAGAGUUUUCUAGCAUGCAACCUGAAACAGAGGUGAAACUUAUUUCAAGAAAGGCAAGUAAUCCUGCUUUCAUUGCUGCACAGUCAAAAUUUGAAGAACUGAGCUUGGCUGCCCCAUCUGCAAAGCUAAGCACUUCCUCAAGUCAUGGUCCUGGAGUUGAAUCUAAUUUGGAUGAGGUUUCUUCUGCAAAUCAAGAUCAACCAAUCAGGUCUGAGGACAAAGACAGUGGAUUAGUUGGCAAUCCCACUUCCAAUGCUUCCGCAGUUCAAAAAGGUAGCUCUGAGUGUGGGACUGAACUUUCCAUUUCUUCGACCCUAGAUUCACCAGAUAGGUCAGAAGAGGCUGGAGUCAAUGUCAGUGGAACGAAAACAAAAGCUUCAGAUAAGAAUGAUCACUCUCGAAAAGGAGAGAAUUUAGAACUUGAGGCUAAAUCUAUUGUGCUGGAAACUGAUCCUUCAACUAAUAACACAACUAAGUUGCAGAGAAAUGAAAGUGUUGACUCAGUUUCUGGUGAAUCUCUAAAUUCUUGCAUACCUGCGGAUACAGCACAGCUGGACAAGCCAGCAGAUCUAAGCCACCUAGCGGUGGAGCCGGGAUCUGAAACAAGCCACCAGGUAAACAGAUUAUCACCUGAAGCUUCUCCCAGAAACAGUGCAGCUACUCCUGAACUUCUAGCAACUCCUUCCAGCCAAGUGUCUGUUAAACGGAAGAAUAGUAAAGGUGAAAAAAGUCGGUCCAAUCGCAAGAUUAAGCAUUCGUCAGAUGAUAAAACCCCCUCAAAUCAAACUCCAGAUUCUGCUUCUAGAAGUAGCUUGGAUCAGUUACAGGAACAUAAAUCGGGGAAGAGGCGAAACUCCUUUGGUUCAGCAAAACCCGAAAAUAAGGAGCAGGAACCAAGAGAUAGCAGUAGCAGCAAUUCUCUACCAAGCUACAUGCAAGCCACUGAAUCUGCAAGAGCCAAGACUAUUGCGAAUGGAUCUCCAAGAUCAAGUCCUGAUGUCCAUGACAAGGAGAUCUACAUAAAGAAGAGACAUUCACUUCCUGGUACAAAUGAAAGGCAAGGAUCUCCUCGUAUUCAUCGCUCUCUGUCUCAGGCACAACAGAACACAAAGGGAAAUGCAAGCCAUUCUCCUCAAGGUAUUUUGCUAACUUUCUCAUGUUUUUUCAUAUAUAUAUAUAUAUUCUUGUUGAUAGUCAUGCCAAUUGCCACGUACCAGUUUCCCUCAGUCUGAAAAGCAUCUCCAGUCUCUUUAGAUUGCUCAUAUUUGAAACUUAUUGUUAAGUGAACAACCUACAGCUAGAUCUUAAGUUGCCUUUCGUUAUUUAUCAUUGAUAUAAUCCACACAAUUAUGGUACAAACCGCUUAAGGCUGUAAUUAUUUGGUUCUCUUUUGCUUAGUGGCAAAGAAGGUGCAUGAUAUUGAUAAGAUUUUCAUUAAACAUGAAACAUUAAACAUCAGUAAGGUUUCCCACUUGCAAUUUAGUGAUAUCUUUCCACUCGUGGACGCUGAUCCCUAGUUGAUUAUAAUGGGAAAUGAUAUGGGGUUACUGAUUGUAUCUUCAUACACCAUGAUAGUCUACCAUGGACCUUGCUAGACCAUCCAUGCACGUUAAGGAAAAUUGAGUGAUAAUGACUACCAUUCUUCUUGUGGAUCAGCAAAGAUGUUUAAUGUGGUUGAUUGCUGAAACACACUACCUCACAAGACUCACUCCACACACGACUCAGUUGUUACACAAGCUGGAGCUGGGGGAGUUUAGUACACACACAUAUGCAGAGAAAAGGUCUUGGGUUGUAAUAAUGUAUCCUUAGAUUUGUUGGUCGCUUCUUGAUUACAGAUUAUGCAUGCUCAUAUGUUUAUUGCCAUUCUGUUUCAUUCUUUGCAUAUUUUGUGCGGGUUCAGAUUAUGUUUGGAAGUUGUGUGUAUCACAUUUAACUAUUUUUAAAACGCCCUGUGCUUAUAUUUCGGAAACCUUCUUAUUUCAGAUCGGAAGUGGCGACGGUGAAUACUGAUAUUUUGGAUGAUGGGGAUAUAUCUGACCUGUCCAAUAAGUAUUUUUAAGUUGGAUUGCUUUGAGAGAUCUGUUGCUUUGUUUGCAUGCAUAAUAUGAAGAAUAUAUAGGUAUAGUACUAUUCCAAUUGGAGAGAUGUAGAGACACCGAAGAUUGCAUGUAAGUUACCAGAUUGUUGUUUCUCUUUUUUUCCCCCCUUUGAUUUGCUUUCUUCUGAUCUUUUUUUCUUUUUUAAAUCAAAAAAUGCUUGAUUUUUAUAUUAACUUGUAUUGGGUUUGGGCGAACGCUAUUUUUACUUCUUUGGCUUGAAUUUCAUUUAUAUUUUUCU